AUGGAUGUGAAAAUUGAGUCUAAUGUGGAGGAAAAAUCUUCUGAAACAACAAUGGCUGCGAGCGAAGAGCAGGAACCGCUGGGAUCCCUGACUUUAACCGAUGUACCGGAAUUAAAAGGGCAGCAGCUUAGAUUAAGCGCUAGGGUGUUUAAAAAAAUGAAAUUAGACACGGCUCCUCUGGUUGUCCCAGAAAAAAACGAGAAGAAAGAAAUCAUAAAGCAGGACAAAAAGAAAUGCUUGAGACAAUUAUGGUCUUCAGACGAGAAAGCGCUGUUUUUCGAAGCUCUAAAUGAAUAUGGCAAGGAUUUUGAAAGCAUACAAUUAUACAUUAGCAAUAAAUUCAGGAAAAAAGGUCUACCUGAUCAAUACAUGAAGACAAAAGAUCAAAUUCGACACUUGUACUACAGGACUUGGACAAAGAUUUCCAAAUAUUUGAAAUUCGCCGAUGUAAUAAAAAAACCUACACAGGAGUUGUAUGCUUUAAUCAAUUACGGGGAACUUAGGAAAAAGGUGGGAUCCGUUCAUGAAAAGUACUUGCUGAAACUCAAUAGAUUAAUAUACAAAGGCUCCAUAGUUUUAUCUUUAAAGGGUAAAAAAAUUCGCUUAAAAACGCCCUUCUGCAGAGCAUUGAGAAAACUAAACCAAUUAGAUGAAAAAUACGAGGAAAUAAAACUACCUACUAGACUAACAGUUGAAUUGAGACCAAAAGAUAUGACAUCAUUUUUGAGGGUUCAAAGUACAGCACAAAAUCCUAGGUUACAAACUUACAUGCCCUUACAAAAGAGACUGAGCAGUCUGAUUGAAUGUUUGAGCAAAAAAUGGCAGAGCGUCGAGGCUGAAAUGUACGACAAAGCUUUAAUAUGUAAUAACCCCGUUGUUAACACCUGUUUGCCCAGUGAAGAAGAAAUUAAAGUCACCAAGGAAAAAUUAAAUUCACUUUUGAGGUUGACACCUCCAUUAAAUUGCAAAAUCGAAGUCCCUUCAAUAAGCCUAGGAGAGUAUUUCACAAGACAGAACAUCUGCUUUAAUUCACAUGAAGCCCGCCUAGGGUUAUCCAGCUACAAUUCUUUCAGCAACUAUACAGCCUGUAAACUAUUGAACAAGGGUUCGAAGAAGGGCCAUCGAAACAGGACAGACAGCGUUAGUGAUAAAUUAGAGAAAUCUCAAAAGAGCAGCUCGCACAACGAGGAUGAAAUUUGUGAUACAGUCGAAACUGAACCAGCAGGAGAAUCUAUUAAAUUAUCUAUUAAAGAAGAAGCGAAUCCUGUUACUAGCAGUAUUAAAGAGAACGUGAAAGAAGGCGGACAUAAAGAAGAAGGAGUGGGAAAAACGCCGGGUGUUAGUGGUAAACUGAACUUGGAGGAAAUUCGCUUAGAAGAGAUAAAGCAGCAGGAGGAAAGUAAAAAUCGCUUCAUUGUAAAUGCUACUGCGGAAUUAGAGAAGCAAGAGCGCAUCAUGGCGAUAAGAAAAGGCUGGACGGCCCAAGAUUGCGAAAGCAUCACGUUGGGCGAAUUAUAUCUAAUGUUUGGCCAAAAUUCCAAGCUGAUAUUAGAAUACACCUGGGAUCCACCAAACAUCACUCAACCGGACCCCGAGGUCAAAGACAUAAAGACUGAAAUUAUCGACGAUAUUUUAAACAUAACGUCACCUCUAACUCCAUCGCCUAACUUAGAUCUAGGCGAAUCUCUGUCGAAGCUGCUCUCGAUCGCGAAGUUGCACUACAGAAAGAACAUGAUAAAGUGUCCCUGCGGGCACGUGUGCGGCGCUAAAAACAACGCGCAAUUGAAGAGAGACGUGGAAACUAAAAUCAGAAAAAUUCUAUCGGACAUCGACAAGUGCCCCGACGAAAACGAGGAGAAAAUUAACAACGAAGGGCACGUGUACGAUAGUCGCAACGGAGCUCGAUUCGCGACCCCUUCCGUUUACCUACCGUCGAAAAUACCAAUUACACCGUACUUUCGAACUAACGACGUACAUUUGGCUUCGCAAAUAGCCUCGAUACAGCGACUGACGCCGAGAUAUUGCAAUAGAAGAGGUCGUCGCCCGCGCUCCAAGCAAGUCGUCGUAGAGAGACAACUGCCCCUGCUUCCUAACAACGUCGAAAGCGGACACCAAAUAGUCCGCAUGAGCAUAAUUUCGAAAGAAGACCCGGCACCUUCGCCGUCUGCAACCGCAACCGAAACCUCCGCAGACAAACCAUCCAACUCGAAAUCUUUCGUAUCCCAAGAAACGUCCACCGGCAAUUUCAUAGCGCAGCCCGACGAAGUCCUCAACGAGACCCUGCAAAGCGUCAUGAUCGAUAUAGAACCGUCGAGUCCUUCGAGGAUUCUGAAGGAGGACGAACAUUGGAUCAACUCCGAGGUGGGGGAUUACUCGCUGAGCAGCCUCUUGGGGCAUUUGGAAUCGCCCGUUAAAUCCGAUUCGAACACGAUUAACGAGUACUCCAGAUUGUCUCAGGACGUCGACGCUCAGUUGAGGUCGCUGAUGACGCAGAACAGCGUGGAUUUCUCCGCCAAUUUCGCCGAUCUCGCCGCCGAAGUGGCCAAAGACACUAAAUGCGAAUUGGGUUGA